AAAAGCUGUGCGGGAAAGAGGUGCGGCCACAGGGAGGAAGAGGAGAGCCUCGCUGGGAAAAGAAGUAGCGAGGAGACGGGGAAUGCGGGCGGGGGCCACGUUGUCCAUUCACAACCUUGACAGGCAGCAGCCAUGUGCGACUGAAGCGCCGGAGGAGACGGCAGGAAGGUUUUACGCGCCGCUCCGGGAUCCCUUUGGCAUGCGCCUCUCCGGUCGGUGGCUCUUCACUGGGAUGCGUGCAGGAAGGAGAUGAUGGCGCCAUGCUGAGACCCAGGUCAGCGCUCAUGGGGAUGGUUCUGUGCGUGGCCUGUCUGAUGGAAGGCCAGAUCUUGAGUCCCGACCUGGUCCAGGACGUGGAGUACCUCAUGAAGGAAGACCCCACUUUGUGUGCAGGCUGCAUGUUGUACACGCCCACCUGGAGAGACUACCAGCGCUGCCCCGUCACCACCCUGGAAUGUUUUUCCGCCGAGGUCAAAGUCCUCCUCCAGGAAUGGAAAAACGUCCACAAACCCGGUCUGGCGCGGGGCCUCAAGAACUUCGCGGACAGUCUCCCCACCCAGUCCCCACAGCGCGAGCCUGACUGUUGGCAGUGUGAGCUUCACCAAGAGAAGGACGCCAAAGAGUUCCUCUCGCAGCUCUCUAAAACGCUGCAGUAUAUCAACGCCCGUUCCGACUCUUCUUCUCCGCACUGAGGACACUUCUUCGAAUGAAGACUCGCCAAUGCUGACCACGAGAGGCAGAAAGCGGAUUGAGUCUGCAAAGUCUUAAUUUAUGAUAUUCCAUGAGACGAUUUUCUCUCACGCACAGCAGGAUCUGAAAGUUGAGGACAUGUUCUAGCACAUGGAGCUAUUGCUGAUCACCUUCAAAAGACCACAUUCCUCUGCGGUGAUGUAAGAUUUACAAUCAAUGAAGAAGUCAUUGCAGGAUCCCGGCUUGAAAAAAGCGGUCUUUUUGACUGAUGCUUCACAAUCUUCAUUCACCUUACCAGGGUUUAACCCACACACGGCGCCAACGCAAAAUGAAAGCUGCCACACCUACAA